AAAAAGAGAAGGGGGAAGGAGAGAGAGAGGGAGAGGGGGAAGAGACGAGAGCGGCGCGCCGCGCGGCGCGAGCGCCGCCGCGCCGCCGCGCGUGCGAGCGAGAGCAGAGCGCGCGAGAGCGCGCGCGCGCGAGAGCGAGCGAGCCGCGAGGCGCGAAGCGCAGAGAGAGACGCGAAGAAGCGGAAGAGGAGCGAGAAGCGAGAGCGCGACGCGCGCGCGAAGAGAGAGACCGCGAGAGGCCGCGCGCGCGCGCCGAUCGAGCGUCGAGAAGAGAGAGACGAGAGACGAGAGACGCGCCGAGCGGAGAGAGCGCGAGGCCGCAGCAGCGCGCGAGACGACGAGAGAAGAAGAGAGCAGAGCGCGCGCCGCGCGCGCGAGCGGAGCGGCGAGCAGCGCGCGCGCCGGCGCAAGAGCGCGCGAAGCGACGAGCGCGUCGAGCGCGAGAGAGCGCGCGCUUCGACGGAGCGCAAGCCGCGAGCGACGAGAGAGAGAGCGCGCACGCAGCGCAGAGCAGCCGCGAGCGAGUAG